ACAGUACAUUCUCAAAAAAAACGAAGGAGCCGUCAACCAAUGACUGGAAAAAAACGAAUACAACCGAACAAAACAUUCAGCCACUUUUAGACUGGAUAAGGGAAUGUAAAAUAAAGGAUUUUUUAAUAGAAAAAAUUAACAGAAACAGAAGAAUCCUACACCCAAAGAGGAUAGAUAAAGAAGACAAGGACUAUUGGAGGAUUAGAAAGGAACAUAGACAGAUGAGAACUGACAAAGGUCCGGAGAACGACAGGCAGAAUCUGCCAAAAUAUUCAUCAGCUCUCACAAGAGAAAGUGAGAGAUUUAAUUUCUCAAAGCAAGAAAAAGGAAAAGAUAUGUUUAAAUACGGAAGGACCUACAACAGGACAAGAAAAGAGAACAACGAAGGGCUAAAGUACAUAAGAAGAUUCGAAGGAAGAGCAUCGACUGUAAAACAGGCAGAAGAAGAAGAAAAAGCCCUAAGAUUCCAGAUCCAAGGGGAGAUGCCGAACACAGUAUGUACAAUGCAAGAUAUACAGAUGUUGGAGGAAGACUGGGAGGGUACCCAGGUCAAUGAGGCAGCAGCAACGACAGAAGCUGUAAUUACUCUGAAAACACAAGAAGAGGUUAUUGAAGAAAAAGUGACAGGUGAUGAUAAAAUAGUACUGGAAGAAGAGCAAGGCGUGACAGAAAACGCUAGCGUAAUAAUAGUCAAUGUAGAGGAAGACUUGGAGAUGCAAUCACAGAGGGAUAUACGUGCAUGUAUCGAGGAGUAGUCUUUGGAGAGCACCCAAAAAGAGGAUGAGUACCCAGACGGAGGAACGACCUGGGAAGAAGCUGCGAACGAGUCAGGAAAUCCAAACAAAUACUCUAGCAAAAGGGACUGGACAAAUUUUUUCAACGACAUCAACAUGACGGACGAAACCAUAAUAAUAGGCGACUUUAACGCUAAACAUAACAA